CACACACACACACACACUGUAAUCCACUAGUUUCUGUCCUCGCUGGUGCUAAAAUGGCCUACGUGGCCUCUCUAGCACUUCCUAGCUCUAUCUGUGGUACUAAGGUAGCCAGAGGGCCAUCUCUAGUAGCCCACUGCACUCUCCAUGGUACUGAAGGAAUGGCCAUUUGUUUUAGCAUCUCUUGGGGGCCAGAAGAGCCCCGUGACUUAAAAGCACACAACUUCAUGUUGGCAGAAACUAUAAGUGUAAAUUCAGUAUAACUCAUUUCACAGACGGAUUACUGAAGGCCUAGGCUUGCAAUCCCAGCACUCCUUAGUUCUUCUAUUCGAACUCACCUUUAUGCACUUGUCAGUGAGCCUGCCCAGGCUGUUGGGCCCAGUAACAGUCUUAUUUGGAAGACCCCCAAGCUAGGAAAGGGUGCCUGAGUUUGGACCCAUAAAAACACACACAUUAAGUGGCAGUGGUUUUCUACUGAUGUUUGAACAGGACAUCUUGCUAAUUUAUACUUAAAAGUCAGAUUCUGCGUGUGACAGGUGUUUGUUUGCCCCUGCAUAAAGUCUUGCUACAUCCACUAAAUAUUGAAAAUUAAAGAAGCUUUGGAUCCCCAGUUUUUUCUUUGCUGAUAAGCAGGGCUAACUCCUGGCCCAGUUCUCUUCAGUUAAAAAUUUGUAAGUAAAGUAAAGCUUGAGUCCUCUUUGUUUUUCUUAGUAACCCAUUUCAGUUUCAUAAUUCUCAUUGUAAGGAAGUUCUUUAUCGAGUAUUAUGUCUGAGGUUUAAAAAAAAAGAAGCUAGGCCCAAGUUCAUCUAGCCUGAAAAGAUACAGUUCAAUAUGGAAGAAGGAAGGUGGAUAGAAUGACUUCUGGUCAUCCAUCCACUGAAGCCUGAAUUCCAUGACCUUGCCAGCAGUUAAACAGCGGGAAAACCUCCAUUACCAUCCUCUUCCUCAACUCUCUUCUUCUCAGCCCCGUGCAGCGCUUGUCAGGGACAGGGAAUUUUAGAUGGAGAAUUUUAACCCCUUCCUGCUCAGAGCUUGUGUGGAUCCCCUAUCUGUGCAGAUGGCAAGGCCCCGCCCCCCAUCCCUCACUCCAGCCUCUUGAGCUCAGAGCCAGUGUAAUCCUCCUCUUGUGUGAGGAAGCCUCUCCCCUGCAGAGAGGAGGAAAGCCAGCUUCGGAACAGCUCUGGACAAAGGGGCUGAGAUGCCCCGUCAAACCACAGGCUCCAAGGUUUGAAACGGGGUGAAACCUAAAUGGGAUUUGCAGUUUUUAACCCCUUCCCUAGGCCGGUAGUGCCCCUUAACUUCCAGGCCUCCCCCAACUCUUCAUUCCCUCUGUAGCUGGCUCUCCCUUCAUGCCCCUCCCCCUCUGUCUCCAGACUCUGCUGCUGGGAGGUGUUUCUCUCCCAUGCAUGAAUGAGUCUCUGUAAUGAAUGGAAAUGAAUGGAUCAGGAAUCCAGGAAGGGGGAGGGGGAGGAGGAAAGACCAGAAGACUGGGUGCCGGCAGAAGCGAGGAGGAGGAACCUGGAGGGAUUCUGGCUGGCUGGCCCUGGGUCUGAGAGGAGCUAGUACCGUUUGGAUAACAGGAGUAUGGCUAGCUCUCCACAUUUGUUUAUCCAGGGGCACAGCCCAACGCGAGUGGAAGAGGGGUAUACUAUGAUGCCCUCCCACAUUGUGUGCGUGUGCGUGUGCGUGUGCGCGUGCGUGUGUGUAGUGAUGUUGGUUCUGGACUAGGUGUUGAAAACAUCAUUUGGGGGAGGAAGUCUGGAUUCAUCAUACAAGUUGGCAGAUCAAGGGAUGCAAGUUUUGAUAUAGCAAGUAGGAAGCAUGUGAUACCUCAGGAUCACAGUAGAAAGCAGGGAUGGGCUUCAAGCAUACAGGCUGCUAAGUGGGGUGACUUUACUGCUGAAAGCCAGGGCUCAUCGUUCCUCCAAUCACUGUCUUGUUUUAGCACCUCCGCACCUGUUGCCUUCAUUAGCAGCUUUUCUUCCUCCUCCUUCCAAUCCUCAGAACCAAAGAAUGUGAAGGGGGUCCAUGGAGGGCUCACGUCCCCGCAUCCUGGUCGGCCACCUAGAGCCUUCCCCACCAGCCUUCGACGGCGAGCUGGAUCUUCAGCGCUACUCCAACGGACCAGGUGUCAGCGGGACCCCAGGACCUGGCUCUCCUGGGAUGGGAGCAGUGGGCUGGUCUGAGACUCGUGCAGGCGAACGGCGCUUCCCCUGUCCUGUGUGCGGAAAGCGCUUCCGAUUCAAUUCCAUCCUGGCAUUGCACCUGAGAGCCCAUCCGGGCGCCCAAGCCUUCCAGUGCCCACAUUGCGGCCACCGCGCAGCUCAGCGGGCCCUGCUGCGCUCUCAUCUCCGAACGCACCAGCCGGAGCGUCCACGCAGCCCUGCUGCACGGCUGUUGCUGGAGUUGGAGGAACGCGCCCUGCUUCGUGAAGCCCGACUCGGGAGAGCCAGAAGCUCAGGGGCUAUGCAGUCCAGCCCUGCCGCAGAGGGCCUGGCGCGCCCUCAGGUUCCUUCCUCAUCUGCCUUCCGUUGUCCUUUCUGCAAAGGCAAGUUUCGCACCUCGGCGGAGCGGGAACGCCACCUGCAUAUCCUGCACAGGCCCUGGAAGUGCAGCUUGUGCAGUUUUGGCUCCAGCCAGGAGGAGGAGUUGCUGCACCACAGUCUGACGGCCCACGGGGCUUCCGAGCGCCCCCUGGCGGCUACUGCUACACCUGAACCCCAGCCUCCACCCCAGCAAGAACCCAGAUCUGCCCUUGAGCCUGAGCCUGAGCCUGAACCUAGGCCAGAGCCUGAACGUGAGGCAAACCCUGCCCCAACUCCUGCGCCUCCGGAGGAGCCCCCCGCGCCACCUGAGUUCCGUUGCCAGGUGUGUGGCCAGAGCUUUACACAGUCCUGGUUUCUCAAGGGUCACAUGCGCAAGCACAAGGCCUCCUUUGAUCAUGCGUGCCCCGUAUGUGGUCGCUGCUUCAAGGAGCCCUGGUUCCUUAAGAACCACAUGAAGGUGCACACCAGCAAGCUGGGUCCUUUGCGUGCUCCAGGCCCCGGCUCUGCGCCUGCCAGGGCCCCUCAGCCUCCUGACCUGAGCCUACUGGCUUAUGAGCCACUGGGCCCUGCGCUCCUCCUGGCCCCAGCACCCACUCCGGCUGAGCGCCGAGAGCCCCCGAGCCUCUUAGGCUACCUGAGUGUACGAGCUGGGGAAGUACGACCCAAUGGUGAGGGUGCUGACCCUGGAGGUGGCCGAAGCUAUGGAGGAUUCCGCCCACUGCCUUCGGCUCUGCCCAACCGGGCCCGGCGACACCGUACAGAGGAACCAGAGGAGGAAGAAGAAGUGGUGGAGGCGGAAGAGGAGAGCUGGGCCCGAGGCAGGUCACUGGGCUCUCUGACUUCCCUACAUCCCAACCCGGGUGAGGGGUCAGGACAGUCUGCACCUGCUGUGGGGGCCCAGGCAAGAUCUACGGCCACCCAAGAAGAGAACGGGCUGCUGGUUGGAGGGACACGAUCUGAAGCGGGCCGUGGGGCCACUGGCAAGGACUGCCCCUUCUGUGGGAAGUCUUUCCGCUCGGCGCAUCACCUCAAAGUGCAUCUUCGCGUGCACACAGGUGAGCGUCCCUACAAGUGUCCACACUGCGACUAUGCAGGUACCCAGUCGGGCUCGCUCAAGUAUCACCUUCAGCGUCACCACCGUGAGCAGAGGAGCAGUGCGGGUCCUGGGCCUCCCCCAGAGCCCCCGCCACCUUCCCAGCGGGGCUCACUGCAGCCGCAGUCAGGAGCCAAGCCCACUCAGGCCUCUGCUACCUGGGUAGAGGGCACUGCAAGUACCCGGCCUACUUCGAGCAGCACCGGACCAGGGUCCCGCAGGAAGCCUGCCAGCCCUGGGAGGACCCUGCGCAACGGGCGAGGUGGUGAGGCCGAACCCCUGGACCUGUCCCUACGGGCAGGCCCGGGAGGUGAGGCCGGGUCAGGGGGUGCCCUUCACCGCUGCCUCUUCUGCCCCUUUGCCACUGGAGCUCCUGAGCUCAUGGCCUUGCAUCUGCAAGUACACCACAGCCGUCGUGCACGGGGCCGCCGGCAGCCCCGUGCUGACACUUCUCCACCCUAUGUCCGGGCACCGUCAGGGGAGACCCCUCCCAGUCCUCCACUAGAAGAGGAGGGCAGCCCAGGGCUGUCUAGAUCCGGAGAGGCAGGUCUUGGGGGUCAAGAACGGUAGGGAGCCCUCUUAGGAGUGAUUAGCGUAGUAAGCUUACCCCGCGGGAGCGGGGAGUGCUAGAGGUAGUUGGGUAGAGCAGCCAGCAGGGAGCAGUGUGGGACCCGUAUCCCAGCCCAAGGUGGACCAAGAGGUAAAGUGGGCAGUGGGUGAAGGAGAGUGGGCAAGCAGUACCCACCCAGCCCAGAGGAGUCACAGUGCCUUAGACGUGGCAGAGGUGAGGGUCAAAGAACGGGGUCCUAGGGCUGGUAGAGGAUGUGCUCCUGAUAAGGAGCCACUCUGCCAGUUUCUGCUGGUCCAUAGGCAUGAGAGUUUAUUUUUGUAUAAGGGGUGGGGGUGGGGGGCACUGUACCCUUCUAGCCCUGUCAGGGGCCCUGUAGACGUUGCUAUUUUUGGUACGAUUCCUGUCACCCCUGUUGAAGAGUCAUGUCCCCAAUAAACAGGUGUCUUGAGGCACAAG